AUGUACUCCUCCGUUGGCCUGGUCGUAGUAGGAAUGCCACUGGGCAGUGGCCGUCAGUUUACUCCCCGUUUGACCAUGAAAAAGAAAUAUAAUACCAAGUGCUUUCGGCCUGAGCGCUAUCGUCAUGAAAUGGCCAAUCACUAUAGGGAUUAUAAGUUGCAGCAGCACCUCCAACAGCAGCAGCUUGGAUCUGGAUAUGGAUCCGGAUUUUCUGACCACCGCCGCCGCAGGAGGAGAGCAAUGGUGGACAAAUUUCGAGUAUCCAGCUUAUUAGCACCAGGAUACAUGCAAUUUCGGGAUGUGUGGCCAACUCAUGUGCACUACUUUCCAAGAUCCGACGAUACUACCUAUGCGUCCCGAGGUCGACGGACAGUGUGCUCAGGUGAGCCACCCGACGAAACCUACAACGACGCAGUGCGUCGCAUAAAAACCGCCCACAGCUGUGAGCAGCUGCGUCAUCUGGUGCACCGGAUUCCAUGGAGAAGCACCUGCCAAACCAGCAGCAGUGAUGAGGUGCCAGUGGCCCGCGCAUACAAAAGCCAAACCAGCUACAGUGGACGUCUUGAUUAUAAUCUAAAUAUUAAUAGGUGCCCAGCGGAAAGCCCACAACAGCAACUGCCAGUGGACUUAUACGGCUAUUUGCAACUGGCUAGCGGUUAUUACGAGAGAGGGUUGCAGGCCAACAUCAAAUACCUGCAAUCGAUUGGACAGCAGAAGCGUAACGCAACAAGGCCGGUGCCUGGUCUAUUCUUGGACGUAGCACAGCGCGGAGAGAGUCCGGGUAUAAAGCUGACUGGUCGACUAGUAUCUCUGCUCAAGGGUUUGCGACGCAAGGCGGCCAAGGAAAAGGUGGGCGACCCGGGAAUUUCGGUGAAUAUUAGAUCGGUGAAGCGAGAGAAGCAAGAGCUGAAGGAGGAGGACUUGGACCCUUAUAAGGCCCUCGUAGAGGAUACAGCUGAGCGGCUGACUAGCAUGUGUGAUUAUCAUGCCCAAGGCUGUUCAAUUACAGAAUCGGACGGCGCAACAGGAUCAGUAGCCGGAGAAGACUCAGAAGCCACAUCCAAAGUCAUACUCGCCACAUUAACGAGCGAAGCCACAUUUUCAUCCUCGGACCAACGACGUGUCUAUGAGAUCAUUGACAAUCUAAGCAACCUGAGCAUCAGCGACAACAGUAGCGGUAGGCAACUAGCAAAGUUAACGCUGCCCCAGAUUACGCUUACCGACUGUUCCGCUCAACAGGUGGCUCUAUACAACGCCAGCUUUGACAUUGUCAAACUACUGAUUCCCAACGAAGCCAGACCACCGAACCUUAACCUGAAAGCCACGUAGACU